GACGUGUCGGCGACUUGUUCUCUUUACAUCCAGCUCCCUGACAGCGCAACCUACAUUUAUUGUGGGAUAUUGUGUGGACAGCUUUGAUAGCGCUCUGUCUGUCUAGCCCUGUCACUGUAAGGACGUCAGUUCUAUGCAGAAUCACACUUGCGUUUCCUCCGAGCUGUUCGACUAUCGAAUUCCAUUGUAAUUUGACAGUGUGUGUUGCGUGAUCUAGAAACACCACACACGUGAGUAAGCUACAACGAGAGGUAUUCGUUUACAAUUGGCUGCGCAUGCGCAUUGUCGUAGCGCAACCUUGUAUGAGAUUUCAAGUAGUUGGCGGCAUUGACUGUGUGUGUGUGAGAGAGAGAGACGGAGACUUUGAUCGGUGUGGGCUUUCGCAGACAGCGAAGGUAUCAAUGACACAUGCUCAGACUUCGCGCAAUGCUCGAAUGGAGUGUUCAUGCUAGUGUGAGGUGGUUUUAGACAUUUUCUGUCGCUGAGGAUUUCCACAACACCAUGUCAAUGCCGCACCGAGCCCACAGACAGCACUGCUACCUGUGCGAUCUGCCCAGGACACCAUGGGCUAUGUUACAUGAUUUCUCCGAAUCUGUGUGCCGGGGAUGUGUCAACUAUGAAGGGCCAGAUCGUAUAGAAAUGGUCAUUGAAGCAGCGAGACAAAUGAAACGUGCUCAUGGAUUCCAAGAAGGGCGAUCGUCUGUCAAACAGGGGCAGCCACCGCCGCACGGACAUAUGCCACCUCGUCACCAUCCCGACGCACACUUGGAACCCCCGCGGAUACACCACGGUCCCCCACCACCAGACAGAUACCGGAAUGUUAUGGAAUACACCCCAGGGCCAAGAAUCAAUGGAAUCGCUGUGGGACAUGUUAUGCAUAGACCAGACGAACAACUUUCCGAUCUUCAGCGGGGAAGCCCCACUAUUCCGCGAGGGCCCCUCCCCCCUCACCAAGGAUUUCCUGGCCCCCUCCCCCCAGGUAGGCAUCCCCACGGGCUAGGACCGAUGCCCAUGCCACACCCAGCCCCUAUCAACGGUAAGCGUGGGGAAACGGAGGAGGAAGAAAGUUCCAACCAUUCAAGUAGUGAUGAGAAUGGAAACAAAAUGGGACCAAUAGACGAUCCAGCCCUGAGGCCACUACUUGUACGUGAGACUGUGGCAGUGUUGUCGUCUGCAGUGCCUUUUGAGAUAAGAUUCAAGAAAGAACAUUCAUUGUGUGGACGUGUGUUUGCCUUUGACGCAAGUAUCAAACAGGGUGCAGAGUAUGACUUAAAAAUGUAUGCUGAGUAUCCUUUGGGAUCAGGGACAAUUUACAGCAGUGCUUCUGGGGUUGCCAAACAAAUGUACCAGGACUGCAUGAAGGACUUUGGUAUAAAGGGAUUAUCUUCGGGUUUCAAGUAUCUUGAGUAUGAAAUGAAACAUGGAAGUGGUGACUGGAGAUUACUUGGUGAUAUGUUGCCAGAGUUAGUGCGCAUAUUCAAGGAGCCUGUCAAGAAGGAUAUGAUCCCCACCCCACAUGUUGACAGCUCCCUUCCACCACUGCCCAGCCCCUCAUCGUUAUCGAGGGGUCAUGCGGGGACACCCAAGCCCCCUGUUCCACGGUCUAUGUAUGAGGGAAGGAAACGCAAGGCUUCACCCGAUCCUGAGGGGGAAGUUAGAGGUAAGCUGUCAGAAGAGCAAUUUAAACGUCAACAGUGGAUGCAAAAUCAAUCGGAAGCUUUAAAACUUACUAUAAAUUCUGCUGCAUAUAGCUCUGGGAUGCCAAGCUCAACAUCAAUGUCACCCAUGAGUAAUCACACCCCAACCCCUCCUGAAGCUGGAAGUGGACAGAAUGGCCCAUCGCCAAUGGCGGCACUGAUGACAGUGACUGACAAUAUUACUCCAGGUGGGUCGCCAAUUAGGAGUGAGGGUGGAAUUAGACAUGGACAAAGACAUAAUCAUUCCCCAGCUACCCAGCACUUGUUUCGUGGUCGCUCAGUGGCUCAGGGGCCUGUGUCUGACGCAGGGGUUGGUAGCACAAUGCCCGAAUCAACAGUCACAAAUUCAGAAACCUUAAAAUGUACUUUGUGUCAUGAAAGACUAGAGGAUACACACUUUGUUCAGUGUCCCUCUGUUGGUGAACACAAGUUUUGUUUUCCUUGCUCAAGAGACAGCAUCAAACGUCAAGGAGCUGGGGCAGAAGUGUAUUGCCCAAGUGGCAAAAAGUGCCCCCUAGCUGGGUCAAAUGUUCCUUGGGCUUUCAUGCAAGGUGAGAUUGCAACAAUUCUUGGUGAAGAUUUCAAGGAAUUGAAAAUCAAGAAAGAGCGAGAUACAUAAACACAGUGACACGUUUUUAUAUACAGUUCGUACCAAAGAAUGAAUUUUAAUGGGACUUGUUAUGGGUUUUCUUUUGUGGUUAAAUUGUCUCCUUCAUCAUGGUAUCAAGAAAUAUCAGUGUAUUUACAAAUAUCAGAAAGAAGUGUUUUAUGCUAGCUGUUGAGGUGUUCUGUUUUCACUGCCGCUAAAACAAUUUUUUAAAAACAUUGAUACAUUGUGACGUGUGUAGAACUUGAAAAUGUUCUCUUGGUAAAAAACCAAGCUUGUGAAAGAGAAGUGUUGACGGCAGGUAAUGCUUCAGACAUUGGGUGCUGUGAAUAAGUGUGAUUGACUUGCCGGUGAAGUUAGCCUGAGGCUGUGCUAUUUUGUGAAUGGCUUGUGAGGCAGGGAGAGCACCCGUUGAACCCAAGUUGGACAAUGUAAGGCCAGGAGUAGCAACCCUGAAACACGCUCUGUACAUACUAAACAUGUCGCUGUUGUAUUACUGACCACACAUCCACGUUUGGGGUUUGUGUGGCAGUUGAAGCCUGCCAGGUCAAGGAUGCGUUGCUACAGCAGCAGGACAUGUGACUGAAGCCACAAGAAUACCAAGAUCAACGUCUACCUAACACUCGCCGUACUUCAUCACCAAUCAUGUUAUAACGUUGUUGCCUUGUUCGAUUCAGUAAUCUGCUUCAUUGAUUACAUCCUUUGUGCUAUUACUAGUUAUAUACCUUUGCUCUUUCAUUUCCCUUGUUUAGGCUUGUACUUGUUGUGAUCUUGAAAUUUUAAUGUCUUGGUGACAAUUGUCUACAAAGUUUCAUCAAUUGACAGUGUUGAGAGGAUGUCUAUCUUAAAAAGGUAUAUGGGUCAAUGCAAGUUUUUAUAGAGAUUUGCUUGAUCUGUUCAUGCAUUCAACAUGAUUCAACUGUUAAGAAUUAACUGAUAGAAAGGGGAAUUCAGUUCUAUUAAAAAGCUCUUAUCGUGUUCAUUUCUAAGCGCUUUCUUGGCCAAAAUGCUUAUUAUGAACUUCUGAAACCUUAAAUUUUCUUUCAAGCCUCUUCAUUCAGUCUAUUCUUUUGAUGCCAAGCUAUUAUUAACAGAUGCAUAUGUCAUAAUCCUAUAUAUAUAGUAUGCUGUAAAUUGCCUUUUUGUAAUGGCUGGGGCUCUGAGUAAAUCUUUGAGAAAGGGCCUGAUUUUCACUAAAACAAACAUGGCAUUUGUUUAGCCGAUUGCAAUACCAUUCCAAUAGACAUUUUUAAAAGUGUUCAGCAUUUUGUGUUGAAAUCAAACUGAUCUGUAUAAAAUCAAUUCAGGCAUUGGAACGUACACUUGAUAUUGUUUUUUUUUAUCAUCUGCAAGCAAUCACUUUAAUUUUAAAAUUGGCCCAGGUUUUGUUGAGGAUUACAAAUAACUAUUAAUCUUGAGGCAUGUAAUUUUGUUGACUGAGUAAAGGUUACAGCGAAACUAAUCACAAUCCGGUACAGUUUAGAACAAUAUGAAACCAUAUACAUUGUGUCUUUGAUUAGUAGGGGUUUAAUAGAGGUCAGUGACUCCAUAUUGGUCUGAACUAAUCUUGGUAAUCAGUGUCUGAAAUAACUGCCUGCCUGUGGCUGGUAAAUUGUCACCUACCUGCUCCACUGUCUGGAAGAUAAUUUUAAGCCAACUUAUGUAUUCAGUUUUAUUAUAACUCCUCCUAGAUUCUCAAAUAAUUGUUAGCAUUGUUUCAACUGACUCAAGAUGCGAUUUUUCUCUUAUUUUUUGUGAUUUUUCAAUAUUUAAUAAUGUCUGAAUGUUGGCAGGUAGAAUUUGAAGAUGGGCAGGCAACAUUUAUGGGUUACCUACCCGAUUUUCUUGUUGGAAUCACUACAUACCUGUUAGUUUGAUUACUGUGGUUUAUGAAUAUUAUUAUUGUUUACUCAAAAUGAUUUUCUUCAUCAAUCACAAGCUACCAGGGGGCACGGGUGGCCUAGUCGUCUAAGGCGCCGCAAUUCGCUGUGCAGAGUUGCGUCCCUGGAUAUGCCAGAAACCUAUGAUUGUGGGUUCGAAUCCCGGUUCGCCCCGAUUAUGUUUCUAGGUUUGUCAGCACCAUACCCGUGCUCGUGGGUUUAACCGAAGUGGUAAACGUCUGAGACCUGCAUCACUUCGGGCUUUCCUCCCACAUUAAGCUGACACGCCGUGAUAUAACUGGAAUAAUGUUAAAAGCGGUGUUAAACCCAACUCACUCACCCACAAGCUACCAUCUGAUGGCUGAAAUAUCAUGUGAAUACACAAAUCUAAAACAAACAUCAAAGGCAAUGAUUUUUUUAUAGUUAAUUGUUUCGUAUAUGUGACCCAAAACAUGAUUGGCCUUCCACACAAAUCCAGAAUCUAAAUAACAAAAAGAAUUAUUAACCCCUGAAUGACUGUUUACAUUCUGAAUUUCAUGAAUGAACAUCAGGUGCACUUUUCCCCUCUAUUAUCCAUAAUGAUUAUUGCUUAAAGAUUCAUAUUUUACAUUUUUACAAGACUAUAUCUACUGAUAACAAUGGCAUGUACUCUCUUGAAAGUGUUCAACCUAUCAGGGCUAGAUUGUCAUCAUUUCAUCUCCAACAUUUUAACUACUAAUGAGGAAUUGUACUUAAGACAGUUGUCUGAUAUUCAUUCCCCCAUGACAACUUUAUCAUAUUUUUAUAAAGAUGUAACGUGUUCAAAAAAUUUCAUAAGUCAUGUCUCCAUAUUUACAUUGUUAAGUUUGUCAUCAUUUGAAACAAAGGUAAUGUAUAUUUCAUCAACAGCAGUAUUUACUAUCCAUUACGUCUCGAAUGGCCCUGGGAUGAUCCAGGUUAGAAUUGGUCUUCAGCAGACCAUGCUUGUUUUAUGAGGGUGAUCAAUGGGAUUGGAUUGUCUGACUCACUGACUUUAUUGUCAUCAUAUCCCAUUUGCGAAGACUGAUGCACAUGAAGUCAAUCACUGGAUUGUCUGGCCCCGACAUGAUUAUUUACGGACUGCUGUCAUAUAGCAGAGUAUGGCAUUAAGCAACAAAGAAACAACAUCUUCAAUGGCCCUGUGAAGAUCUAGGUUAGAAUUGGUCUUUAGCAACCCAUGCUUGUCGUAAAAGGCGACUAACGGGAUUGGGUGGUCAGGCUUGCUGACUUGUUGAUGCAUGUCAUCGAUCCCAAUUGCGUGGAUCGAUGCUCAAGAUGUCAAUCACUGGAUUGUCUCGACCAGACCAGAUUAUUUUCAGACCGCCAACAUAUAGCUGGAAUAUUGCUGAGUGCGGCUACAACAAACAAAACAUGUUAAAUAUGUGAGAUAAAGUGGAUGGCUUCACCAUGUUUACAAUGCUACAUUUGCUAUUAAGUUAUCAGUUCUGGUAAUAAGUCACACGGACAGCAUGUGUUUCAAGCACAAAAUAUACUUGUAAAUAAGAGGUACAUUAAUAUUUGU